UCCUUGCUUGGACUCUCUAGUGAGAGAGCCAAAGCUGCAAUUUCAGUUAACUGUAGGAAUAUGAUAGCCAAGAUUUUGAAGAAGAAGCGGUUUCACAAAGAAGCAGUCAGGGUUGAGUUGCUUUCUUCUAGAACGUUUAGUCUCGAGCCUCUGUCUGGAGAUUGUAUGAAGUGGGAUCCCCUCUCGAGCGGCGAAGGUGACAUGCUCUUGGAAGAUCUCGCUAAGGCUUUUGAAGCCACCACACGUGCCGUGGCGCACAAACCGUCCAAGGCGUUUGAUUUCACCUCUGAUCGUAAUGGCUUGCCUUCGCAUGGUUUCAGGAUCAGUAAUAUUCUAGGGGCGGAAUCUUUGACUCAGCCACCUGCGCCUAAGAUGAUUGACGCACCGGUGCAGUGUAUGGCUGAUUCAGCUUCAUGUGAUGAUAAAUAGGAUGACGACAAAGUGGAACCUGCAACGAACGUCCCCCUGUCCAGCGAGGGACAUGGGCUUUUGGUGCAGGAUGAAGCAGCUGCAUCGGUUACACUGAUAAGAUGUACAGUCUCAGAUCAUGCAGCUUCUGAUGUUAACAUGCAGACCGAGUUGGAUUCUGAAGAUAAACAAUGUCGCCACCAGAAAGCGGUCACGGAUCCAACAAAGUCCUGUGAAAAUUUAAACAUGGAAACUAGUGGUGGUGCUGAUGAUGAAGUCCCAGUGGACGGAGUCAGAGCUGUUUCUGGUCAUGCUAUUAUUGAGCAACUUACAUCCAUUGAUGGUGAUGAGAUGAAAAUCGAUGGCUCUUUGGAAGCAAAUCACGACGAGUACAUGGAGGUGACAGUGGAAGAAGACCAGAAGCAUGAAACAGGUGACAAUAAUAUUAUUCUUCCUAACUUAUCCUCCUCUGAGACUACCGAAUUGCUAAGUGAACAGAGUAACUCUCUCAGUCCAGAGGCGGUUGGACAAGAGCAUGACCAAGUAUCAAGGUUAGAGUCCAGUGAGGACAACAGGGAAACCGAAACUGAUCAGCAAGCCCAUGUCAAGUCCUCUGAAAUAAACAAUGCCAGAAGCUCAGGUAAGGUACGAGGGAAGAGGAGUUGGGUUAGAUCGACACAACUACAACCUUUGAAGCCUUUUCUACUACAACGUUUCAAACGAAUCAGUAAAAGAAAACAUAGAAGGAGUUGAUGAUUCUUAAACGCUAGUGAAGUUUUGCUCAUUGAUUUAAUUAAACCCACGCUACUCUCGUUGUAUUGUUGAACUGAUCAUCAAAAUGGGGAAGAUAAAAAUUAUAAUUUAUUCUUCAAAGUUUAGGGUUGGUAUCA